AUGGAAUACAACGAGAACUUGCCCAAAGGGCUCGGAAGAGAACCCGUCUAUUGCUGGGGUCACAAGAACGUGCCCAAGCAGGUCGGCAUCACAUCGUACACGCUGUCCCCGAACCGCUCACGGCCCAUGGCCCAUGCCUUCCACCGGGCCAUCUUCAACACUUUCCGCCGCUCCAAGGCUCAGUUUCUAUACGUCGUCCCCCCAUUCGUCGUGGCUUGGUUGCUCAUGAGCUGGGCGAAUCAGAGGUGA